AUGCUUUGUGGUGUGGGUGAGAUGGUGGGUGGUAUGGCGAGUGGUAUGGCGGGUGGUAUGGCGGGUGAGAUGGUGGGUGGUAUGGCGAGUGGUAUGGUGGGUGGUAAGGUGGGUGGUAAGGUGGGUGGUAUGGUGGGUGGUAUGGUGGGUGGUAUGGCGGAUGGUAUGGUGGGUGAUGUGGUGGGUGGUAUGGUGGGUGGUAUGGUGGUUGGUAUGGUGGGCGGUAUGGUGUGUGGUAUGGUGUGUGGUAUGGUGGGCGGUAUGGUGUGUGGUAUGGUGUGUGGUAUGGUGGGCGGUAUGGUGUGUGGUAUGGUGUGUGGUAUGGUGGGGGGGAAGCUGAAUGGUGUGUUUCAUGGUUUGCUGGAUGUACACCUUCCUCCUAAUCUGAAUCCCACUUGUUUGCUCUAUUCUCCCAUCUUUCUCCACAUUAUGCCCCUCUACUCUAUCCCUUUCUCCCACCCACCCUGCACCCCACAGGACUUUACCUUCAUUGCUGCCAAUGGCAGCAUCAUGCAUUCCUUCCGCCUACCACACCGCUCACUCAGACCUCGACCCUCUGCACCGCUCUCCACGCCUCUGUCUUCAGGCUCCCCAUCCCUCCCUCGCUCUCUCUCGCGACGUAUGCAAUUGGAGGGGGAGGAGGUGCAUGUUGAGAAUGGUAGGGUGGGCUUGUAG